GUCAAUGCUGUCAUAGAAGUUAAGUCAAAAUCCAAUGAAAAAUUUAGUCAAAAUUAUGAGAUUGUAGAAAGUUUAAAAAAAAAAACUGAAAAACAUGCAAAUUUUUCGUUGUCUUUUAAGAACCUGUGGAUCUCGAGGGCGACACUUGCUUGGACUUGCAUCAAACUUGACACCGAGGUGGACUGAGUCAUGGAAGAAAUACAGCACUUGUCCAGAGGGCAUGAAGGUCACGAUAUGCGGCGCGGCUGGAGCUACAGGUCAGCCAUUAGCGCUGCUCUUAAAACAGUGUCCACUUUUGGACGAAAUAGCGUUAUAUGACAUAUGUGCCACAUGCGGGUACGGCAUGGAGCUGAGCCACGUGGACACCAAGUGCAAAGUGUCAUCAUUCUCAGGGCGACACAUGCUGUGCGACGCUCUCAAGGGGUCCAGUAUUGUGGUGAUUGUAGCGCGAAAUUGUUGCGACACAUUUGAAAACAACGCCCCCGUUGUUACUGAGAUCACAUUGCAGAUCUGUAACAUGUGCCCGACCGCAUUCAUCAUAGUAGCAACGGAGCCGGUAGAAAGCAUGGUGCCCCUCGUGGGGGAGAUUAUGAGGUUACGUGGAGCGUUCAAUCCGCGGUAUCUCCUGGGCUGCGUCGAGCUAAACUGCGUGCGCGCCAACACGGUGCUGUCGGACUUCCUGCGCGUGCCGCCCGAGUCCGUGCGCGUGCCCGUCAUCGGCGGCGCGACCCCGCAGACCAUGGUGCCCGUGCUCUCUGCGGCCGUGCAUCCGUGCAUCAUGACGCAGGAACAGAUCGAGUGCGUGACGUCAUGUAUAAUGAGCGGGAACGAGGCGGUGUGCGCGGCCAAGGGCUGCUGUACCGAGACCGCGUGCCUCGCCGGUGCGUACGCAGUGGCCCGGACCACCAUCAAUGUAGUCAAGGGGCUGCAGGGGAAGAAAAUAUUGCAAGUUGCGUACGUCGACAACAUGUGCACCUGCGUGCCCGACUGCCAGUUCUUUGCUAGUGAACUAACAUUGGGGCCUUCAGGAAUAGAAAAAAAUUUAGGAAUACCAGAGUUGACCAAAUUCGAGAACUGUCUACUGUGUAACUGCUUGCCGUAUGUGCGGAAUGAGAUUGCCCGUGCUAUUUGCUUGGUGUACGCGAUGUGCACGUCAUGCUGCUGCAGCAACUGCUACAUACACCCGUGCACGUGCUUCAGCCCGCCGUGCGUGCCGUGCGUGCCGCCCGUCAACUGGACCUGCGGCUGUCCGGACGCUUGUCGCGACGAGUACCUCGCCUCGAUCUGCCGUGAAAUGACCUGCAAGUGCGGCAGCACUGAGCUUUGCUGGCGACCGCGUGACGUGGACUACGACGCGGCGCGCGCUGCCAACCUCACGCACCAGAUGCCUCUGAAGAGCUGCGCCUGCCCCGCCUGCCGCGUGCCCAGGAGCGUCCAGAUCGAACAGAAAAUACGAGAGAAGGCCAUGGACCCUUGUAAAUUCUAAUUUUAAACAGUGUUGUACUCAUUGUUGUUUCUCGCAUUGCAUCGAAAAAGACGAAAGUCGGGAAAUAAGUUCAAAAAUUUUAUUUUUUAUAUUGAUUUAAAAUUAAAAACAAUUUUAUCUUUUUACUUUACCUUUUACAAAUUUAACAUAUGGGAAAAUGGUUUUACAGAUGAUUUAUAUCUGUACAUAAAUAAAUCGUCUUUUAUAGAAUGAAUAUUUCUGUCCUAGGCGUCUCUGUCG